AUGGCCUCCUUAAGUGUCGGGGCACACGGCCCCCAAGAAAUGAUCCCUUCUGUUCCCUCUGCCCUGGAGCCUCGGUCUCUACCGCCAGCUCAAUCCCCCGACCUGAAACUGGUACCUGCAACGCCCGCUGAAAACAUCCAAACAGCUUAUUUGAACCAGCCCGAGUGGGGCGGCCCUCUGACACUGGAGCAAUACCUAGAGCGUGAAGCCAUCCUUAAAUCUACCGAUUUAUCAAGAGAAGGUCGCCUCGUGGGCUGGAUUCUCACCUCUGACAGUCUACCUACCAAUGACGAUGGGACCAGACAUAUAUUUGCCUCCUGCGAGACGUUCACCAUCCACGGUUACGUCGCCCAGUACGGCAUCAUCGAGAGAGUCCAAGCACAUGCCAUAGCCUCCGUCUACACGCGACCCGAGUAUCGUGGCAAAGGCUAUGCAGGCAGAUUGAUGGCAGAAUUGGGGGAGAGACUGGAAACCUGGCGACAAUCGUCCCUCCAAAAAGCGAAUCGUAUUGCCAAUCCAUUUUCCGUGCUUUGGAGCGAUAUCGGGCGAGACUUCUACGCCAAACAUGGCUGGAAGGCGUUCCCCAGUAACCACAUUCAUUUGGCUCCAUUGAACCUGUCUGGUUAUGAAGCCAUCCACGGCUUGCUGCCAGUUGUUGAUGACCUAUUUAUGGCAGAUGUACCACAGAUCCCGGCCGUCGACACUCUGGAGGAACGUUUGCUCCGCUUGUCUGAAUCAAACCGGGACAUCACCUAUGUUGCUAUCCGUCCUGAUCUAGAGCACCUACAGUGGCAUUUUGCGCGAGAAGAAUAUAUCCACCAGGCUCUCGGUAGACCGCGCCCUUGGAUCAAAGGCGCCAUACACCGAGAAACCGGUAUAGCUUUAAUAUGGUGUCGUGUGUACCCAGAGAGUGGGACAGACCGCCGACUUUGCAUCCUCCACACCGUUGUGCACCCUUCAGUUGAGAAUUCAGAGACUGCUCAAGCUGCAAUGACGGCCCUGCUACUAAGAGCGCAACUUGAGGCACAAUUCUGGGAGAUGGGUGCGGUGGAGGUCUGGGACCCGUCUGAUCUGGUGAUUGCCGCUGCUCAGGAAUUGAGAACAGAAGAACAAGGCAAAGUCGAAAUCGUUGCACGAGAGGAUCAUCUCUGCAGCCUCCGAUGGACUACUAGUAGUGGGAAUGAUAUCACCUGGCUGGCGAACGAGAAAUACGCCUGGUGUUGA